UGAUAUCUCUCCACUCGUGUCCUAAUCUCCACCUAAAGAGUCCAGAUAAAGCACGAGUGUCCGUGCCGUGGCAGCCGCGCGGAAGGCAGCAGAGAGAAGACAGCGGGGGAGUCGGAGUGAGUGAAGGAAAAGAAUGAUGAAAAGGGGGAGGAGAGCGGCUCAUUCCGGCUGGCCGCCCCUGCUGCUCUAAAAACACGAGAGAGAGAGGAGAGAGAGGAGAGAGAGACAGGAGAGAGAGGGGAGAUGGCAGAAAGCUUUAGCAUCCAAAACACACGGGAGUGGUGCACCACCGAGAGCGGAGCCCCGGACCCACCCGAAGCAGCAGCGACAGCAUCAGAAGCGGCGGUCCUCCCGCACCGCUCCUCAUCGCACCGCGCCGCCACCGCCACGGCAAGAGACAUUAAUCAUCACCUGCUCCAUCUCUGCAUGUGACUCCUCUGUGUGGACUGGAACACUGCUCCCCUUAGUUUGUUUCCAUGUUUGUUCCCCAAUACCUGGUGCCUCUUCUCUUCGUACCUGCCAUGGUGACAUGAGACAUCAGUGAGUGGCUUCAGACAAUCCCCGGGGGUGCAUCUAACAGCAGACUGCAGAGACCUCCUCAUACCAGAGUUGGCGUGAUCAUGACAGUGGCGGUUCGAUUCCGGCGGCACCUGCGCAGGCUGCUCCUCCUGCUGGCCUCUUGCUGUCUGCUCUCCCUGCUCCUGUCUGCCUACUUCCUCUUCACUAACUCCACUCCCUCCAUGCAGCUGGGCCAGUCCGCCGAGCCCGCCUGCUCACAGCCGUUGUCUAUGUCGUCUCCGUACCGUCAGUUGCCCUACCCUUACCCCCCCAAUCCCCCUCACACUCACGUGCACACGGACCCUGUGGUGCUGGUCCUGGUGGAGUCCCAGUACUCCCAGCUGGGCCAGGACAUUGUGGCUAUACUGGAGUCAGCACAUUUCCAGUUCCGCAUGGAGAUAGCUUCAGGGAAAGGUGACCUUCCUCCGCUGACAGAGAAAGGCCGUGGACGAUAUUCACUUAUUAUUUAUGAGAAUCUCCUAAAGUACGCUCACGCGGACACAUGGAACAGACAGUUGUUGCACCAGUACUGCACCGAGUACAGAGUGGGCAUUAUAGGUUUUUACCGCUCCACUGAAAACUCGCCUCCUUUACUCAAACUGCGAGGCCUCCCACUGGUACUGAAGACCAACCAGGCUCUAAUGGACUGCUGUGUUGUGUCUAGUUCUCCUCUGCUUCACCUCACUAAGCCAGGCUCGGACAGAGGGCCCCUACCAGGAGAGGACUGGACCUCCUUCUACUCCAAUCACUCCACUUACCAGGCCGUGCUGCAUGCUCGGGGCAGAGACGGGGCACCUGGGGCGGGCAGUGGAGACAAUCCAGCGCCUGGCUUCAGCGCCGGACUGCAGGCCACAGUUGUGCAGGACAUGGGCCUUUAUGAUGGGGUCAGGAGGGUGCUAUUCGGCCAGGGGCUUGGAUACUGGCUGCACAAACUCAUCUUGGUGGAUGCCAUCUCCUACCUCACAGACAGGAAGCUGUCUCUAGGCCUGGACCGACACAUUCUGGUGGAUAUAGACGACAUCUUUGUGGGGAAAGAGGGAACACGCAUGAAUGCCAAGGAUGUGAAGGCUCUCCUUGAAACUCAGAAACAGCUGCGUUCUCAGAUCUCCAACUUUACCUUCAACUUGGGCUUCUCUGGGAAGUUUUACCACACAGGAACUGUGCAGGAAGACGAAGGUGACGAUUUGCUGUUGCGAUAUGUGGAUGAGUUCUGGUGGUUCCCUCACAUGUGGAGCCAUAUGCAGCCACACCUUUUCCACAAUGAGUCCUCUCUGCUGGACCAGAUGGUUCUCAACAAGCAGUUUGCUCUGGAGCACAACAUCCCGGUGGACAUGGGCUACGCUGUGGCCCCUCACCACUCGGGGGUCUACCCAGUGCACAUGCAGCUGUACGAGGCCUGGAGGAGGGUCUGGAAUAUCCGGGUCACCAGCACAGAAGAGUACCCCCACCUCAAACCCGCACGCUAUCGAAAAGGCUUCAUCCACAACAACAUCAUGGUGCUGCCGCGACAGACCUGUGGCUUGUUUACGCACACCAUCUACUACAAGGAGUAUCCCGGAGGACCCAAGGAACUAGACAAGAGCAUCCGAGGAGGAGAGCUGUUCCUGACCGUGCUGCUCAACCCGAUCAGUAUUUUCAUGACUCACUUGUCCAACUACGGCAAUGACCGCCUGGGCCUGUACACCUUUGUGCACCUGGCCUCUUUCCUGCGCUCGUGGACCAAUCUCCAGCUCCACACCCUGCCCCCCCUGCAGCUCGCCCACAAGUACUUCCAGCUUUUCCCACAACAAAGAAACCCGCUGUGGCAGAACCCGUGUGAUGACAAACGGCAUAAAGACAUCUGGUCCAAAGAGAAAACCUGUGACAGAUUGCCCAAGUUCAUGGUGGUGGGGCCUCAGAAGACAGGGACGACAGCACUUUAUCUCUUCCUCCUCAUGCACCCCUCCAUCUCCAGUAACUUUCCCAGUCCCAAGACGUACGAGGAGGUCCAGUUCUUCAACACCAACAACUACCACAAGGGCAUCGACUGGUACAUGGAGUUUUUCCCUGUGCCCUCUAAUGUGAGCACAGACUUUCUCUUUGAGAAAAGCGCUAACUACUUCCCUUCGGAGGACACCCCACAAAGAGCUGCUGCUCUGCUGCCCAAGGCCAAGAUCAUUACUCUGCUCAUCAACCCGUCUGACAGGGCCUACAGUUGGUACCAGCAUCAGAGGGCCCACGAGGACCACGCCGCCCUCAAGUUCACCUUUUAUGAUGUCAUCAGCGCUAAAGCGGGCGCUCCGGCCGAGCUGCGCUCUCUGCAGAGCCGCUGUCUGCUCCCAGGGCUCUACUCCACUCACCUCGAGAGGUGGCUCACUUACUACCCUCCCAACCAGGUGAUGAUCAUUGAUGGUCACCAGCUCAGAUCUGACCCGGCCUCUGUGAUGGACGAGGUGCAGAAGUUCUUGGGAGUGACUCCUCACUUUAACUACUCCCAGGCGCUCACGUUUGACCCUCAGAAAGGAUUUUGGUGUCAGCUCCUCGAAGGUGGAAAGACCAAAUGCUUGGGGAAAAGCAAAGGCAGAAAGUACGCGCCAAUGGAACCUGAGGCUCGUGUGUAUCUGUCUCGAUACUACAGGGAGCACAAUGUGGAACUGUCCAAACUGCUACACCGCCUCGGCCAGCCACUGCCCUCCUGGCUCAGGGAGGAGCUACAGAAGGUUAGAUAACAUUUGCGUCCAUGAGGCAAGGUUAAAAGAUCUAAUCCGGGACGCUACCUUGAGAUGCAUCGUCUCCAGCCCUGAGAGAGGAGUGAGAGCUGUGGGGGAGACGGGGGCGUAUUGUGUGCCUUGGACCAUGUGAAAGCUGGGGCACUGCUGUGGAAGAGCCAAUCACAUGAGAGACAGCUAAAACAGUGGGGCUAAUGACAGCGCGCACAGUGUUAGCCUCUUAAGAUGGACUCUGACAAAGAGAGGACAGGAGGUGCACGGAGCAUUGGUAAUAUGCUCUAAAAUCUGCAGCAAACUUGUUUUAUUUGAGUCAUCCCACCUUUAAUUUAUGAAGCCAGGACAGCGCUGGUCAGCUGGACGUGGUUGUUUGAGAUGACUUUGCACUAAGUUCUGUUGUAUGUUUCUCCACACGACUAAACAGGGCACCUGUGUGUUCUCCUUUUUAGGUUUCCUCCACAAGGACUAAAGGGUACAGUGCACAGGCUCAGGGCCAGUUCAUGCUGUUAUUUUCUCUAUUGUAGUCUGUUGGCUGUAUUUACCCUCACAGAUGUCGCCUGAGACUUUUGCUGAAGACGAAAUGAGUCACUGAACCAAAAAUCGGUGGCUCAUUAUUUUCUUAUGACAAACCACAGAGGGGUGAUCAGACCAUACAGCUGAGCACCAGUGAUUUUCAGUGCUUAGUUACCACUCAGAGUGUGUUGGUAGAUAAAUAACCAAAAACAAACGAGUGCAGAAAGACCCAUAAUUCCAGGACUCUGAAGUAGCCGAUCAAGUCAACGUUUGUUUUAAUUUUCUUCAAAGUUUGUUUCUUUUUCAAACCAGUGGCCUAAAUUGUUUUGCAUCAAUUUGAAUGCAAACACCUAAGUGUUAAACACAGAAACCAAAAUGAAAUAAAGACUAUAUCUGACAGCA